AUGUCAUCAUUAGUCAACGGUACUUCAACAAUUUAUUUAGUUGCAGGUUCAAAAUCAUUACUCAAUGAAGCAAUAUCAUUCUACACAUAUAUACUAGGAUUAAUUGGACAUUCACAAAAUAACAAUACCACAUAUUUAACAAAUGAUGAAAACAAGAUAAUAAUUGAAAUAAAAUUAGAUCCCGAUGUAGGGCUUAAUCAACAAGAAAUUAAUGAAAGAAAAAAUCAAAUUGAAUCAAAAUUGAACAUAGUGGAUUGGAGAUCAUUAGAUACUACAUAUGUUAUGAAAGUUGCAAAUUUAGUUGAUUUAAUUGAAUUAUUAAAUGAGUCAAACUUCAAACUACAGAUCACUCCUAAUGAAUUAUACCCAAAUGAAGCAUAUAUAAUAGAUCCACUAGGCUAUAUAAUGGGUUUCACUGCAUGUAACGAACCUCUUACCGUUGUUCCUCCAAUUCAAAAAUCACACCCUAAACAUGGUGGAUCUAAUGAUACUCAAUUGCAUUCAAAAAUAAACGAAAAUGAAGGGUUAUUAAGUCAUUUUAAAAAUAGAAGAAAUAUCGGGAUUAUGACUUCAGGAGGAGAUGCUCCGGGAAUGAAUGCAUGUGUCCGUGCAGUAGUCAGAGCAGCGAUUUUUAGAGGUUCAAGAGCAUUCGCUAUAAUGGAAGGUUAUUCAGGUUUAGUCAAAGGUGGUAAGGAAUACAUAAAAGAAAUGAAAUGGCAAGACGUUCGUGGUUAUUUAACUGAUGGUGGUACAAAUAUUGGAACAGCUAGAUGUAUGGAGUUUAAAGAAAGAUGGGGUAGAUUGAAAGGUUGUAAAAAUUUAAUUGAUGCUGGAAUAGAUGGAUUAAUUGUAUGUGGAGGAGAUGGAUCAUUGACUGGUGCAGAUUUAUUUAGAAGUGAGUGGCCUUCAUUAAUCUCUGAGUUAAGGGAGAAAAAAGAAAUAACGGAAGAGCAAUACGAGAGACAUAAAAAUCUAUACAUAUGUGGAACUGUUGGUUCAAUAGAUAAUGAUAUGGCAACAACUGAUUCAACUAUCGGUUGUUACUCUGCAUUAGAAAGAAUUUGUCGAGCUAUAGAUUAUAUUGACGCUACUGCAAAUUCUCAUAGUAGAGCAUUUGUUGUGGAAGUUAUGGGUAGACAUUGCGGUUGGUUAGCUUUAAUGGCUGGUAUAGCAACAAGUGCUGAUUAUAUAUUCAUACCAGAAAAACCUAGUUCAAGUCAAGAUUGGCAAGAUCAAAUGAGUAGAAUUGUUAAAAAACAUAGAGAUGCAGGAAAGAGGAAAACCAUAGUUAUAAUUGCUGAAGGAGCAAUAACAUCAGAUUUAAAAUCAAUAAGUGCGGAAGAUGUUAAAGAUGUUUUGGCUAAUAGAUUAAAAUUAGACACAAGAAUAACCACUUUAGGUCAUGUUCAAAGAGGUGGUACCGCAGUUGCAUUUGAUAGAAUACUAGCAACUUUACAAGGAAUUGAGGCGGUGAAGGCGGUGUUAGAAUUAGACCCAACCACAUCAUCACCAUUAAUUGCAAUUGAUGAGAAUAAAAUCGUUAGAAAACCUUUGGUAGAAGCGGUGAAAAUUACUAAAUCUGUAGCUGACGCUAUAGCCGAAAAAGAUUUUGAUAAAGCUAUGUCCCUCAGAGAUUCUGAAUUCAAAGAGCAUUUAUCGAAUUUUAUUGCAAUGAAUAGUGCUAAUCAUGAAGAACCAAUUUUACCUGUUGAUAAAAGAAAAAAAUUUGCUAUUAUAAAUAUUGGUGCACCAGCUGGUGGUAUGAAUUCUGCAGUUUAUGCAUUUGCAACGUAUUGUAUGUCUAAAGGUCAUACUCCGUAUGCUAUACAUAAUGGGUUUUCUGGAUUAUCAAGACACGAAUCAAUAAAAUCUAUUGAAUGGUUAGAUAUAGAAGGAUGGAAUAGUGUUGGUGGAUCAAAUAUUGGUACAAAUAGACAAACUCCAGAAGAAACUGAUUUAGGUAUGAUAGCUCAUUAUUUUGAAAAAUAUCAAUUCGAUGGAUUGGUAAUAGUUGGUGGAUUUGAAGCAUUUGUUUCAUUAUAUCAAUUGGAAAAUGCAAGAUCAAUGUAUCCUGCUUUUAGAAUACCUAUGGUAUUAGUUCCUGCUACUAUUUCAAAUAACGUUCCAGGUACUGAAUAUUCUUUGGGAGCAGAUACUUGUCUUAAUUCAUUAAUGGAUUAUUGUGAUAUAAUAAAGCAAUCAGCAUCAGCAACAAAAGGUAGAGCAUUUGUUAUAGAAGUCCAAGGAGGUAAUUCUGGAUAUAUUGCCACUUUUGCUUCUUUGGUAAGUGGAGCUCAAGCAUCAUAUGUUCCAGAAGAAGGAAUACAUUUACAACAACUAGAAAUGGAUAUAAAUUCUUUACGUGAAUCAUUUGCUGUUGAAAAAAAUUUAACUAAAGCUGGAAAAUUAAUAAUUAAAUCUUCUAAUGCUAGUAAGGUUCUUACACCAAAAGUGUUAGCUGAUAUUAUAAACACUGAGUGUAAUGGAGAAUUUGAUACUAAAACAGCCAUUCCAGGUCAUGUACAACAAGGUGGACUACCUUCUCCUAUAGACAGAACAAGAGCAGAUAGGUUUGCUAUUAAAGCAGUACAAUUCAUUGAGGAAAAUACAGAUAAGAUGGAUAAAUACAGAUACGUUUUAGAUUAUCCUCAUGAUGACCAAAAUCUUGUAUCGACGGCUUCCGUUUUAGGUGUUAAAAGUUCACAUUUGAAAUUUACUAGUGUAAAGAGAUUAUAUGAUUUUGAAACUGAAUUAGGUACAAGAAUGCCUAAAAAUGUUUUCUGGUCUAGUAUUAGAGUUAUGGCUGACGAUUUGGUUGGUAGAACCAAAUAUAAUGGAAAAAAUUAA